AUGAUGAUCUCAACUCUCAUCUCACCAUCUGUUCAACCUCCCUUGGUCUUGAACCCCGAGGAGGCAGCGGACGAGAAAGUGACAUCCUCCGAGCAAGCGCAUGAGAGCAGUGCGUCUGCGAGCAAUCAGCAGAAGAGCAAGAAACGAGCCCUUCCCAAGGCAUCGGACAUGCUCAACAGUACGGGCGUCCCGAGCUUCGUGCGGCAGCCGGCAAGAAGCAGCGACCUAGCGACAGUGCAGGAGAGGAGGGGGGACGGCCAAGAAGAAUCAGCAUCGUCAAAACCGAAGAGCCUCCUGGAAGCGUUCGAGGAGAAGAAGAGAAAGGCGGUUGUGAUGAACUCCAAGUACAUAGUCCCUCCGUCAGAGCUGGAGACUUUCGUGGAGCCAGAGCGCAAGAGGAAGCCAAAGAGGCCUGACGAAGGCGACAUGUAG